AUGCUGCUCGGGAUGCUGGCCUCUGCCUUCCUCGUUUUCCUCUGCUGCUUCCGAGGACGUGCAGGCCCAUCGCCCCAUUUCCUGCAACAGCCAGAGGACGUGGUGGUGCUGCUGGGGGAGGAAGCCCGGCUGCCCUGCGCUCUGGGCGCUUACAGGGGACUCGUGCAGUGGACUAAGGAUGGGCUGGCUCUAGGGGGCGAAAGAGACCUUCCAGGCUGGUCCCGGUACUGGAUAUCAGGGAAUGCAGCCAACGGGCAGCAUGACCUCCACAUUAGGCCUGUGGAAAUGGAAGAUGAGGCGUCAUAUGAGUGCCAGGCUUCGCAAGCAGGCCUCCGGUCGCGACCAGCCCAGCUGCACGUCAUGGUCCCUCCAGAGGCCCCCCAGGUCCUAGGCGGCCCUUCUGUGUCUCUGGUGGCCGGAGUUCCUGGAAAUCUGACCUGUCGGAGUCGCGGAGACGCCCGCCCUGCCCCCGAACUGCUGUGGUUCCGAGAUGGCAUCCGCCUGGACGGGACCACUUUCCACCAGACCACGCUGAAGGACAAGAGCACCGGAACAGUGGAAAGCACCAUAUUCCUGACCCCUUCCGGUCAGGACGACGGAGCCACCUUGAUCUGCAGAGCCCGGAGCCAGGCCCUGCCCACAGGGAGGGACACAGCUGUUACACUGAGCCUGCAGUAUCCCCCAAUGGUGACUCUGUCUGCUGAGCCCCAGACUGCACAGGAGGGAGAGAAGGUGACUUUCCUGUGUCAGGCCACUGCCCAGCCUCCCGUCACCGGCUACAGGUGGGCGAAGGGGGGGUCCCCGGUGCUCGGGGCACGCGGGCCAAGGUUGGAGGUCGUCGCAGAUUCCACGUUUCUGACGGAGCCUGUAUCCUGCGAGGUCAGCAACGCGGUGGGAAGCGCCAACCGCAGCACCGCAUUGGAAGUGCUGUAUGGCCCCGUUCUGCAGGCAAAACCGAAGCCCGUGUCCGUGGACCUGGGGAAAGACGCCUCCUUCAGCUGUGCCUGGCGCGGGAACCCACUUCCACGGAUAACCUGGACCCGGCUCGGCGGCUCGCAGGUGCUGAGCUCCGGGCCCACGCUGCGUCUUCCGUCAGUGGCGCUGGAGGACGCGGGCGACUAUGUGUGCAGGGCUGAGCCCAGGCGCUCAGGUGUGGGAGGCGGCUCAGCGCAGGCCAGGCUGACAGUGAACGCUCCCCCGGUAGUGACUGCCCCGCACCCCGCGCCAGCCUUCCUGAGGGGCCCUGCUCGCCUCCAGUGUGUGGUGUUCGCAUCCCCUGCCCCAGACUCCGUGGUCUGGUCUUGGGAUGAAGGCUCCCUGGAGACAGGCUCUCUGGGCCGGUUCCUGGUAGAGACCUUCUCGGCGCCUGAAGUGGAGCGGGGACAGGGCCCAGGCCUGAUUUCUGUGCUCCACAUUUCCGGAACCCAGCAGUCAGACUUUGCCAGGGGUUUCAACUGCAGCGCCCGCAACCGGCUGGGCGAGGGGCGAACCCAGGUCCACCUGGGCCGGAGAGACCUGCUGCCCACUGUGCGGAUCAUAGCAGGAGCAGCUUCUGCAGCAACCACGCUCCUAAUGGUCGUCACUGGAGUGGUCCUCUGCUGCUGGCGCCAUGGCAAGUACCAGGGCUCCUUCUCUAAGGAAAAAAACUUGGUCCGGAUCCCAGGAAGCAGCGAAGGCUCCAGUUCCCGCGGCGGUGGCGCCGAGGAGGAGACAGGCAGCAGUGAGGACCGGGGCCCCAAUGUGCACACAGACCACAGCGACCUGGUUCUCGAUGAAAAAGAGGCUCUGGAGGCAAAGGAUCCCACCAACGGUUACUACAAGGUUCGAGGGGUCAGUGUGAGCCUUAGCCUUGGGGAAGCCCCCGGCGGAGGCCUCUUCUUGCCACCCCCCUCUCCCAUGGGACUCCCAGGGACUCCUACUUACUAUGACUUCAAGCCACACCUGGACUUGGUACCCCCCUGCCGACUAUACAGAGCGCGGGCAGGUUACCUCACCACGCCCCAUCCCCGUGCCUUCACGGGCUACAUGAAACCCACGUCCUUUGGACCCCCAGAUUUGAGCUCUGGGACUCCCCCAUUCCCCUAUGCGACCUUGUCCCCGCCCAGCCACCAGCGUCUGCAGACUCAUGUGUGAAGACUCAUCUCUCUGGUGGAAGAUCUUCAACUUGCCGUCCCUGGU